ACCCAUGCAUAUUUCUUUAUUAACCGGUGCGUUGCUUUGUACACAUGGUAUUCUUUGUAAUUGAAGCAGUCGUAUUCUAAAUUUUCUUUUUCAUUUUGCAUCUGCCCACAUAGAAGGUUCAUUUCUUUCAAAAUAUAUGAUAUAAAAUUCAUUACAAAAUGAAAGGAGUUGUUAAAACCGAGGAAUAUUUUUAUGGUGCUACAUUGGAUAAGAACAAUGCCACAGUGACAUGGGACUCAAAAACCGAACAGGAAGAUCAAUUGAACGCUGAUCGUUUACAUUUGCGCCAAAUUUUGCUCAGUCAUACCGCCAAAGAGGGUGAAUAUAAUGUUGUUGAGGUGGAAACACUUUCAGCAAAUGAAACUGUAAAAAUUCCAAUCGCUGUUUUGAAAGUAGGUGAACAACGUGUUGUUCAACCUGAAUUAGAAUUUCCUUAUGGACCCGUCACAUUCACAUUGAUUGAAGGUAAUGGCCCCGUUUAUAUUCACGGACAACAAGUACCAAAUGGCUAUGAAGACCAACUUCAAUUGGGCGGCGAAGAAUUUGACAGUGAUGAAGAAACGUUGGAAGAAGAAGAUUACGAAGAAGAAGCCGAAGACUUACCACCAUCGAAAAAGCCGAAAUUGUCCAGUAACAAACCAAACAAAAAGAAAUAAGAUCAUUUCAACCGAUUUAUUUUUAUUCAAAUCAAAUAACAAUAAAUACAAAACUUCAUUGUACCACAUGUUCUGCUUGA